UCGGAUGCAGAACCCGCCCCUGCGAGCAUCUUCCUCCUCCGACGCGCUCAAGGCCUGGGGACCGCGGGAGAUGCCCGGCUGCGCCCGGGCAGGGCCGGUCUUUGUUUGCCAGUGACGAGGAGGAGAGGCCGCUGCCGCUGCGGAGCUCACCCCUGCUCCAAGCCGGCACCUGCUCCUGCUCCCAUGGGGACCACCGAGGCCACGCUGCGGAUGGAAAACGUGGACGUGAAGGAGGAAUGGCAGGACGAGGAUCUUCCCAGGCCGCUGCCAGAAGAGACGGGGAUGGAAUUGCUCGGCAGCCCGGCAGGGGACACGUCCUCCCCUCCCAACACGCUGAAUUUCAACGGAGGGCAUCGCAAGAGGAAGACGCUGGUGGCCCCAGAAAUUAACAUUUCCCUGGAUCAGAGUGAGGGCUCCUUGCUGUCUGACGACUUCUUGGACACCCCUGACGACCUGGACAUUAACGUGGACGACAUCGAGACCCCCGACGAGACGGACUCGCUGGAGUUCCUGGGGAAUGGCAACGAACUGGAGUGGGAAGAUGACACCCCUGUGGCCACCGCCAAGAACAUGCCCGGGGACAGCGCGGAUCUGUUUGGGGACGGCGCAGCGGAGGACGGCAGUGCCGCCAACGGGCGCCUGUGGCGGACAGUGAUCAUCGGGGAGCAGGAGCACCGCAUCGACCUGCACAUGAUCCGGCCCUACAUGAAGGUGGUCACCCACGGAGGGUACUACGGCGAAGGCCUCAACGCCAUCAUUGUCUUUGCCGCCUGCUUCCUCCCGGACAGCAGCUCCCCGGACUACCACUACAUCAUGGAGAACCUCUUCCUGUACGUCAUCAGCAGCUUGGAGCUGCUGGUCGCCGAGGACUACAUGAUCGUGUACCUGAACGGCGCCACGCCGCGGCGGAGGAUGCCCGGCAUCGGCUGGCUGAAGAAAUGCUACCAGAUGAUCGAUCGGAGGCUGCGGAAAAACCUGAAGUCGCUGAUCAUCGUCCACCCGUCCUGGUUCAUCCGGACCGUGCUGGCCAUCUCGCGCCCCUUCAUCAGGUAUGAGGAGGAAAGGCUUAAGGCCAGGAGAGAGAGCGCGAGGCCCCAGCCGGAGUUUGUCUUACCCAGGUCCGAAGAGAAGCCGGAGGUGGCGCCAGUGGAGGACAGAUCUGUUCCCGUCACAGAAGAUCAGGAAACAAGGUGA